CGCUAUUACAGACACACGUCAGAACAAUGAAGUGGUCUCUGCAAAACACGUUCCAAGUCAUCCGUCCCAGCAAUACCAAUUCCUAACUCACGCGACUUUAUGCUUUACUCGGGGUGGACGCGUCCACUACGCACCGCAUGCAGACACAUUCCUCACAUCACACGCCCAGCGCGCUGUUUCACGUCCAGCAUACUAGCCAUGAGCGCCGCAAGGCUCCAAAACACCCCCGAAGCUGGUCCAAACGCCUUUCCCGUUCGCCCAUACCAGCCUUCCUCGUCACAGUGGCCGUACAACGACGCGAAGGACUUCAGCAGGCACGACGAGAACGACGACAACAUCUUCUACCUCGAGCCGCGCUUUGUUGAGCAUAUUGACGAGGCUGCCAUCGAUCGAUUGACCAGAUACUAUCAGUCCGUGCUCCCUUCGACAGGAAGGGUCCUGGAUCUGUGCACGAGUUGGAAGUCUUUCUACCCAGGAGCCUGCGAAGAUGCCGUCCGCAACGAAAAGCUCGACGUGUACGGCAUAGGCCUCAAUAAGGAAGAGAUGGUUGCCAAUCCGUUAUUGUGCGAUUUCCCGGAGAGGAGAAUCCAACUCAACUUGAAUCAGGAGCCGCAAGAUAUCAAAGCCGCCUGGUCGGACCGCGAGCCACCUAAAUUUGACACCGUCACAUGUGUCGUCAGUAUCGAUUACAUAAGCCGUCCGCUCCAAGUACUACGCAGUAUCCGGGAACGCACGAACGAUGGUGGGAGCAUACAUUUGGUUGUCAGCAACCGCUGCUUCCCAACAAAGGUCGUCAAGCUCUGGCUGGAGUAUGACGAGCAACAGAGGUUACAGCUGGUUGGUGACUACCUCCACUUCUCGGGCUGGAAGGACGUCGAAAUUGUCGAUCUUUGUGCGCGAGACGCCGAUGGGAAGCGGAUUACCGAUGAUCACGGUACCUUUCUUUCGGGUAUGAAGGUUUUGGGCUAUACAAUAUCUGCACAGCACCUUGAUCCGUUGUGGGUAGUGCGGGGGACGAAGCGAGAGUGAGGGCGCACAAGCAGCUAUGGGGUCAGUCAAGCUCCCAACUCUAGCGAGGCGUCAAUAUCCGAUGGGGGUGCGGUUCAAUCCGUUGUAUUCGUUGGGCUGGGGUAUGCCCCGCAUGAGCCGGAUUUCCCUUUAUGACUUCGUCGACGCCAGCGAUACCCCGGCCGUACGCGCCUCCGUCAGCUUCUUCGGUAACCCGAACCAAAUGAAAGGCGCUACGGCAACACCAAUACCCCCAUCAGCC